AUGCCGCCCGCACCGCCGUCGCCUCCCCUGUCCUACACAACAGCCCCCGCCCUCCUCCCCUACACCCUGCGCUUCCACCCCUACAACCCAGCCGCCGCCCGGGAAGUCCACCACACCCACCGCCUCUGCGUUGGCGCCGCCGUCCUCUCCACCCCCCCGUCACCAUCUCCCAACAACCCGCCCAGGAUCCUCCUUGUCCAACGCUCCGCCCAGGAAAAGGCCCUCCCCCACCGCUGGGAACUCCCCGGCGGCGCAGCGGAGUCCGUCGACAGCGACUCCUUCGCCGCCGCCGCCCGCGAGCUGUGGGAGGAAACCGGCCUGCGCGCCAAGAGGUUCGCGGCCCUGGUCGGGAGCUACCAGUGGGACGGGGCCGGGGCGGGCGUCAUCGCGACGGCGGUGCCGGGCGACCAGGCUUGGGGGCUGCCCAAUGGCGGGGUGGGGAUCGUAGAGACCGCGACGGCGGGCGUCACAACCGCAAGGGCGGCGGCCAGCGAAGGAGCCGUUGCAGAAGCCGGCCUCGCCACGGGGAAGGACUCGCACAAAGUUUCCAAGGGCCGCGACGCGUGGCGCAAGUACACCUACCUCGUCGAGGUCGAGACCGCGGCGGAUGGCGACGUGCAGGUCGUCAUCGACCCCGAGGAGCACGAGGCGUUCGUCUGGGCUACGGAGGAGGAGGUGCGCGCGGACCGGUGCGGGGAGGUCGUCCUUGAGUGGACCUCGGAAAACCAGAAGCUGGACGUGUUGAAGGCUCUCGAGAUUGCAAAGAGGAAGUAUUAG